AUGAGUGAAGCAUAAGCAGACCGUAUCUUAUCAAUUGCAAAUCAAGAGACAGUUAAUAGACUAUUUAGAGUUUGCUAUAAAUAAAUAACAGGUUUACAAAUAUUUAAAUGAUUGAAUAGGUUAAAGACCUAUUGGAAAAUUUUAAGAUAGCGAUCAUUAAGCUGUAUUGAAUUGCCACAGAAGAUUAGUAGAAGUAUUAAAAAUUGUAGCACCAGCAAUUGUACCAUUAAGAGAAUGA